AUGAAAAUACAUUUGCUAUCUGGAAAAGAAGAGCUUAAUGUAAAAUCACUCUGGAGGCCAGAAUACGGUGCUUAUAUGCUUGAAGGAACUCCAGGAAAACCAUAUGGAGGAUUAUUAGCUCAUUUUAAUGUUGUUGAAGCUAAUAUGCGCUAUCGAAGGCAAGAAGCAACAAAAUUACUUCAUUCUAACGAAGUCUUAAUGUCAUUAACUAUUUUUCCAAGAGUAGGAGCUCCUGAUUUUACUGAUCCUCUUACUCAUCCUACACCCAAUACUGGUGCUUCUAGGAGUUUAUUUUUUCCUGACGAAGCUAUAUAUCCUGGCCAUCCACGUUUCAAGACAUUGACCAGAAAUAUUAGAGAACGUCGUCGAGAGAAAGUUGCUAUAAACAUUCCUAGUAUGUAACAGUAUUAUGAACGA